AUGGAAAAAGCCAACGAGACCUCUCCUGUGUUGGGGUUCAUUCUCCUGGGGCUCUCAGCCCACCCAAAGCUGGAGAAGAUAUUCUUUAUAUUCUUUGUGCUCAUCCUGCUGAUGCACCUGGUGGUCCUGAUGGGCAACAGGGUCCUCAUCCUGGUGACCACCCUUGACUCCCACCUGCACACGCCCAUGUACUUCUUCCUGGGGAACCUCUCCUUCCUGGGCAUCUGCUACACGACUUCCUCAGUCCCCCUAUCCCUAAACAGCUUUCUGAAUCCCCAGGAAACCAUCUCUUUCUCAGUCUGUGCUGUGCAGAUGGCACUCUCGUUUGCCAUGACAGGAACAGAGUGCCUGCUUCUGGGCAUGAUGGCGUUUGAUCGCUAUGUGGCCAUCUGCAACCCACUUACAUACCCCAUGAUCAUGAACAAGGCUGCUACGUGCCCGUGGCUGCUGGCACCUAUUGGUGGUGUUGCGUCUGUGGUACACACAUCCCUGGCAAUUCAGCUUCCCACUGUCUGUGGGGACAAUGUCAUAAACCACUUCACCUGUGGGAUCCUGGCUGUCCUGAAGUUGGCCUGUGCUGACAUCUCCAUCAAUGUGAUCAGCAUGGCGGUGGCCAAUGUGAUCUUCCUGGCAGUCCCAGUCCUGGUCAUUUUUGUCUCCUAUGUCUUUAUCAUCGCCACCAUCCUGAGGAUCCCCUCAGCUGAGGGGAGGAAGAAGGCUUUCUCCACCUGCUCUGCCCACCUCACUGUGGUGAUCAUCUUCUGUGGUGCCUUAUUUUUCACGUAUGGGGAGCCCACGUCUAAAGAGUCCAUGGGGGCAGACAAAGACGAUCUUUCAGACAGACUCAUCUCCCUCUUCUACGGGGUGGUGACCCCCAUGCUGAACCCCAUCAUCUACAGCCUGAGGAACAAGGACGUGAAGGCUGCUGUGAGGAACCUGGUGAAUCAGAAACGCUUCAGCCAGCGAUGGUGGAGGGGUCCUCUGUGGUUGUCACUAGAAGAAAGGACUCCCAAUCACAUCAGCUGCCGUUCAAAAGCCAUGUGGAGUUAAACAAAAUGGUCUCUCACCCUUAAGUCCUUUUGUAGGAAUGUUUAACUUCUUAGAGAC